GACUUCAACUUGAACAUUCGACCCUCGACAAUUCGCGUCUCCGUCUUGACCGCGCAACCACCCCCGUCAAGAUGAAGCUCAACAUUUCAUACCCGGCCAACGGGUCGCAGAAGCUGAUCGAGAUUGACGAUGAGCGCAAGCUCCGUGCUUUCAUGGAGAAGCGUAUGGGCACUGAGGUCCCUGGAGACGGUCUCGGUGAUGAGUUCAAGGGCUACCUCUUCAAGAUCACUGGUGGUAACGACAAGCAAGGUUUCCCCAUGAAGCAGGGUGUCCUCCUCCCCAACCGUGUCAAGCUCCUCCUCAGCGACGGCCACAGCUGCUACCGCCCCCGCCGCACCGGUGAGCGUAAGCGCAAGAGUAUCCGCGGUGCCAUCACCGGCCAAGACUUGGCUGUCCUCGCCCUCAGCAUCGUCAAGCAGGGUGAAAACGAGAUCCCCGGUUUGACCGACGUCGUCAACCCCAAGCGCCUUGGUCCCAAGCGUGCUACCAAGAUCCGCAAAUUCUUCGGUCUCGACAAGAAGGACGACGUCCGCAAGUUCGUUAUCCGUCGUACCGUCACCAAGGAGGGCAAGAAGGACUACACAAAAGCCCCUAAGAUUCAGCGUCUUGUUACUCCUCAACGCCUGCAGCGCAAGCGUCACCGAAUUGCCAUCAAGCGCCGCCGUGCUGAGGCUGCUCGCGAGGCCGCUAACGACUACGCCAAACUUCUCGCUUCCCGCGUCCACGAAGAGAAGGCCAAGCGUACCGAACUUCGCAAGCGUCGUGCCUCUUCUUUGAGGAAGUAGAUGGGUACCGGUGUUUGAUCCAGGAUGGGGUGGAAAUAAAAAACGGUUCUGGGGUUUUUUGGCAUCCAUGUUGUAUUAAUGAAAGAGAAAGCCCCGAAUCGAAAAAACAUACCUUCUUCUUUUGUCAUCUUUUUUCUUUCGUUCGCAUGAACCCAAAUGAUAUCACGGGAAAAGGAAGGGAGAAAGAGAAUGAAUGGAAGAGAUGCAAAAGAACCCAUAAUGAUGAAAGGAAACCACAGGCGCAAUAUAUUCUUUUUUUAGAAUCUUUUUCAUAACUCCUGUUUUCGUCAUUUCUAUUGCAGCGGGAUGUGGUAUACUCGUCGCUUUGGGAGGUUUUCAUACAACACACUCUGGAGAAGUUCUAGAAAGAAUAGGAAUCUUCUCUUUAAAUUUGUCUAUGAACUCUCUUAUGUUUCGA